GUAGUUAUUCUCUAUCCGUCAGGGAUCUGGAUCCACAGUCUGGUGACACGGUCAAACAUUAUAAGAUUCGAACGCUGGACAACGGAGGAUUUUACAUCUCCCCUCGCAUCACCUUCUGCACCCUGCAGGAGCUGGUCGGCCAUUAUAAAAAGCAGGGAGAUGGCCUCUGCCAAACUCUGACCACUCCAUGUUUAAGCCCCAAACCUGAGAAACCCUGGGAGAAGGAUGCCUGGGAAAUCCCACGAUCCUCACUUAAGCUGGAUAAGAGACUUGGAGCGGGACAGUUUGGAGAAGUUUGGAUGGCUACGUACAACAAGCACACCAAGGUGGCGGUGAAGACCAUGAAGCCUGGCAGUAUGUCAGUGGAGGCCUUCCUGAUGGAGGCCAACCUGAUGAAGAGCCUACAGCACGACAAACUCGUUCGCCUCAACGCUGUGGUCACCAAAGAGGAGCCCAUCUACAUCAUCACCGAGUACAUGGAGAAAGGUAGUUUGUUAGACUUCCUAAAGAGCGAUGAAGGAAACCGUGUCCAGCUUCCAAAACUCAUCGACUUCUCUGCUCAG